AUGAUUUUUGCCACUAAAGGAGGGCAACUUUACACCUCUCAGUAUCUCUCUGUUCUCUUACAACUCAAGCCGAGUCAGCAGCAAAAGCAAUUACUGAACAGGACAUUGGCAGUGGUUAAUAACUCGAUUCGAGCCCGGUAUCUAGAUUUGAACAAAGGUUUUUUCAACGGUCUCUCUGUACCUUUCGAUCCUCCUAAUAGUCUCCCCAUAGUACCAUAUGAUCUUCCAUACGAUGCUUUAAUAAGAGGAUUAGACGAGAAUGUCAUAAAGGGCAGAAACAUUGAUCCAGGCCUUCUAAAUCAUCGUCAGAGAACAAGGUGGCCCCUUAGUUUCUUUAACCACAUGCUACUAGAGGAACAUUCGGCAAAUGCUCUACAUGUUUCACUCACUCCCAUAAUAAAUUACAAUACGACAGAAUCCGUGUCGCGGUAUAAAAAGCUCUUUGAAGAGACGAUAGGAGAGUGGAAGAAGGGGGAAGACAUCUGCAUCAAGUUUAGGCCGAGGGUCCAGAUUUUCACGAGAUAUGACUACAAUAAAUUCUUUCUUAUUUUCGCUUUGGCCGAGGAAACCGAUAAAGUCCUUCAGCCACUAGCAGACAAGCUUUCUGGUUUAAGGUCUCAAAUCGGUGUCGAUAUGGGACGAGUAAUAGGUGAACGGGAAGAAGAUCCAGUAAUGAGUCAAGAAGACUUGCACAUGACUUUGGGAGUAUGCGCAUUUCCUGCUGGCGAGGACUACUUUAGUUCAAAUACCAGUUUUGGCAUGUAUGAAUUACAGUAUAUGAACCAGGUACUACUUCUGCCCAAAGACGAGCUUCUUGCCAAAUACGGCAAUGAAAUCGCUACUUUAGAUUACGUCAGUGAUGUUAAGUUGGAACUAACACCAGAGGAACAAGAGUUGCUUACUUUUUCAAGCAGGGAGCUAGUUCUUGCCAUCACUGGUGGACAGCUUAAGUACCGAAUAUGA